AUGCAACUCUUCAAUGGGGGAGACUCGGACCGUGCCCGGCAGCACUAUAGUUCGAUAGCUGCAAACUGCAUAGUAUCAUACGUGUGUGUUGUGGCAGCUUCCCAAGGUGAAAAGCUCAAGGGUCUCUUGAAGAAGCAUGGCACAUUCAAGGAUGUUGAACUGCAUCUUUCGAAAUGGUCUCGGAAGUCACACGGUGAUGGCAAAAAGGGAAGGUGGGUGACCAAGACAUUCCUGAAGGAUGAGACUAUGAUACAGAACAGCUGGUCAUACGCUGCCGCUCAAGGCCUCCUUCGCCGCAACGAGGUCCAUGGAGAAGAAGAGGCUCGCCUAAUCCUGGAGGACUACUUUGAGAAGAAGAGCGAAAGCGGCCAAGAGCGGCGGAGUGCUGGGAGCACAUUGGUCGAGGAUGAGGAUGAUGCUCUCCUGGACUCUGACCCUGAGCCCGAUCAGAACUUGCCCAAGGAUCCGCAACUGCAGCAGGAAGCUGCCAAACAGGCAGCUGCUGCUGCCUCCGGUAACAAGAAGCUACUUACUCAGCAUGUGUACAACAUGUUGCAA